AUGGCUGCCACAACUCGAGCGAUCACGCCUACGCUGAGCGGCCCUUUCUCUGCACCGAACCGGCCCAGCACCCCAGGCUCUGCUUCGCGCAACGCCAACGGUGGCGCAACGUUUGGAACCCACCUCGUCAAAUCUCCGCGUGGGCUUUCCCCCAGACUGUCUCCUGCGCCUCUUACCGGCGCCGCUGUGUUGGCCGACGAGCGACGUUACAGGGAGCACAAGUCGCGGCAGACGAGCCCAAACCCGGCUGUAGCCAUCCUUCAGAACCUACAGGGCAACGGCCAAAGCCACACUUCGGACGGGGCCCAACCGCAAGCGCAGAUGGCACCUCAAAACAACGAAAAGGCUAGCAAGCCACCCAUCAUCAUUCCAGAACUCACCGGAGUAACGGGCGACAACAUGCACACGAGCCCCGUCAGUCUCUCCAGCUUCGGCGACGGAGAGGGGACAGCUGCGCCGGCCACGUCUGCUGUUGAAGCAUCCGCAGGGCCUACGGGACGUGUGGGACAGCACCAAGGUACGCAUCAGCGACCUCAACAUCAGCCACACCAUCAUCAGCACCAGUUGAUCGCGCCUAAUCCUGGUGACAAUCCGGGGAACCGCGCCUUCACGUUUCCGGGGCCGAUGCCACCAGAGGACCCCCGUGCUCCCGCUCCCGCGCGCCAAAUGAGUCUACCAGGCUAUGGUCAGAACAACCCCAAGUCACCAUCUACAAAACGCCACAAAUGUCCCUACUGCUCUACGGAUUUUACACGGCAUCACAACCUCAAGAGUCACUUGUUGACGCACAGUCAAGAGAAGCCAUAUGAGUGCCCCACAUGCCAAGCACGCUUUCGGCGACUGCACGAUUUGAAACGCCACACGAAACUACAUACUGGUGAGCGUCCACAUACCUGCUUCAAGUGUGGCCGCAGGUUCGCACGUGGGGAUGCACUCGCGCGACACAACAAGGGCCAAGGUGGCUGUGCAGGUCGUCGGUCAAGCUUUGGCAUCGAUGAGGACAUGGGCGAUGGCAAAGGCGAUGACGGCAUGGAUGGCGUUGUUUACACCGGCGAGCCUGACGGGGAGGGCGACGAAGAUGACGAUGGCCGACGCAUCAGUGAGCCCGCGCGUAAGAGGCAGAACACCGGAAACUCUACGCAAGGUUCGUAUCAUCAGCACUCCAGCACUUACCCGCCCAUCAACCCGUCCAAUCGAGGGUCGAGCAGUCAGAACAACCUUCGUCCUUACUAUCCAGCGCAGGCAUCUCAGCCGACUAACAUGUCCCCAAAACUAGCUCCUUCGAGUAUCUCAUCGCUCCACAAUGCGAAUCAGCCUAGCGCUUUCGCGCAAGGAGGCAUGACGGAAAGUCCCAAGCCAAUUUCUCCGAGCCAGCAGGAGCACUAUCGCCUUGGAGCUCACGAGGGUAGCCAUCCUCGAUCGCCCAACAUGUCGCAACAGAUCCAUCUGCAGAACUACGCUCGUGGCGCCGGUGCGGCCCGAGGCACGCCUCCCACUCUCCAGCCUCCCAGCACCAGUAGCGGACCUCACUUGCCAUCGCUGGCUGGCCUUGGUGGCAUGGUCAAGCCGGGUUCGCAGAGCAGCAAAGGCCCAAGCAUGCUCCAGCACCAACAAAUGCCCGCACCAGGAACCAUGUCGCAGCCUGGCAGCAUGUCGAGCCAUGGCGCGAGCGGUAGCAGCAUGCGCGAAGUCAUGGGCAGCCAGAUGGAUGUCUGGCAAUACGUGCGCGACAUUGAAGCUCGGAUGGCGCGGAUGGAGAAGGAGCACAAUGAAAAGAUCUCGACGCUGCAGACUGAGAUUACCACUCUCCGUGCUCAGCUUGCUCAGCAGCAUGUCAACAACGCUCAAGCGCAGCAGCACGUCAACAACGCUCAAGCGCAGCAGCAUGUCAACAACCCUCAAGCGCAGCAGCAUGUCAGCAACGCUCAAGCGCAGCAACAAGGUCAGUAG